UCAAAAAAAAAAAACCCGAACAAAACACGGAAGUGGAGCUCAGCGGGAAAGUGAAAGCAAAUCAGGCCGCAGCAGGAGUAAGCACAGGUAAUGCUAAGGAAGUGUUAGCUUUACUUCAACUGCUGAGGUACACAAACCGACUGAGGGGAUAAAACAGACCAAGAAUCGGCUGUAGCUAUUUCAGUCACAGCGAGGAUUAGAGGCUUCCCUGGGACCACUCUCUCUCUCUCUGUUUUCCCAGCCUGUUGCCCUUCCUUCUCCCAUUUUCCAAUAUGAACCAACAUGAUAGGUGCAAGGAUGAUGAUGACCUGCCGCAGAUGGACGGCACAUGCGAUGCAUGUGAACCAGACGAAGCGCAGCCUGCUAUACAAAUGUGUGUUGUUUGUCGCUUUGCCUUUUGCGUUGUCCAUGCUGAGAAACACACACGCAGCACCAGACAUCCGCUUCAGCCCUACAGCCCUCCAGACCCUGGAGCAAAUGCCAACGCCGACAUCAACGCUCAACCAGAGGCAGACGCAAACCGACUGGAAGAGGCAGAGGCCGCUGAGGGUGGAGCUGAAGGGGUGGAAGGGCAGGAUGAGGAGCAGAGUGGGUGUGAAUCAGGAAAGAGAGACACAGUGACAGUAGAAAGACUGAGAUGUAAGGAACAUGGACAGGAGGGAUCGUUGUACUGCAAACAGGACGAAAAGAUUGUGUGUGUGUUGUGUGCUGUACAGGGAGAUCAUCGUGAACACGAGAUCAUCACACUCCAGGAAGCCUACAUGUGGCAGAAGGGUAAAGAGGGAAUAGAUUUGCUGGCGUGUACUCAAGAAAUGUCUGAGAAGAUCAAGACCAAGUGGACCAGUCCAGAUAUGAGCCCAGAGGAGCUCGAGUGCUACGUCAACCAGCAGUUUGACGAGUUACAGAGGCUGGUGCGUCAGGAGGAGUGGCGUGUGCUUCACCUGGUAGACCUGAAAGAGGCGUUUUUGACGGCACACGCUGCUGAGAAGAUUGCUGAGAUCAGCGUUCACACCGAGAAACUGCAGGAGGAAAUGGACUCCAUCACACAGCAGCUGGGUGAGCUUGACCACGCUGAGCAAAACGGCGUAGCCCCAGCCAACCUGGCACCUCUGCUGGCGGGACAAAACCGGCCGCCUGGUGUUGCUCUACUGGAAGAAAGACCUCUGGGCCACAGGAAGAAAGAGGGGAGGAAGGAAGGUCUGAGCAAAUCUAGGGAGGCUUAUGAAGGGCAGUGGUGUAAGCAUUCAGGACACACACAGUUCUGUAGGCAGGAGGAUUUACCACACACGCUCACAGACGGAUGGACCCUGAAGCCAGACCAAGACCACCUGCUCAGCAGAGAGACCCUCAGGAUCCUAGAGACUAUGGAGAUGGGGAUGAUCCAUCCAUGGGCCAUGCUCCAUAACAGCAAGAGUACAGUUUAAUGCCUGCUAUCUUCUGCCUUAUUCUUAUAAACUGGAACAUUUAAGUGGACGGUCUGCCUUUAUAGCUACUGAAACUUCCUUUCAGCAUCGACUUCUGCUUGGAUUGUUGCCUUUUUUCUGUGGCAUCUUCGCUGCUUGUCUUCUCCUGAGGAAGAUGAGGAAUUGAAUGGAGUUGAUUGCAAUCAGAGACGUUCUUCAAAACCAGUCAGACAGCAGGCUGAGGAUUUGCAGCUGAUGUACUCAAAAUGAAAGAUGGGAAUGUAAACUGAUUCCAAUUUGCCUUUACUUUAUGAUUAGAGUGCUGGGUUUGUGGACUAUGAACACCCAACCUAGUGCACAAGUGCAGUGUAUACUAGGUUGCAUUAAUUCUGUUUUAGUUUUACCCCAUUUCCUCCCUAUUUGUUUGUUUUUCUAUUCCCGCCUACCAGCUAUGUAUGUCCUGUCACAUGAAGGGAGGGUGAAAGCUAACAUGUUUCCUCAGAGACUAACACUUUCCUCCUCAGAGACAUGCGAAGCCAGACACUGCAUCAUUUUGAGUGCCUGCUCGUGCAACGCAGGGCAGCAUAACACGCUCAGAGGAAAGUGAUAACUGCCCUUGUAUGUGAGUUCACAGAUGCCCAUGAUUGCCCGCUCUUCCAAUCAAAGAGCGCACACAGUUUAGCUCUCUCGUUGUGGCACUGUCAUGAGUCAAACCCUGCAAUCUCCCGGUGAUCAGAGCUACCCAGGAGCCAUAAAAUCUAAAGAGGGUAAGAAAGGUUGGAAAUUGUUAUCUGUGGUUGUCCACAUAUAGAUUCAGUACUGCAACAUACCUUAAAAACAACCCAACAUCAGUUUGGUAAAAAAUCCCAAAGACAGUUUGGAAGCAAGAGAGACAGAAAAGAGGGAAAAAUCAAGUGAAAAAAUGUAACAUGAAAUGUUUAGUUUUUUUUUUUGUCUCAAACGAAUAAACAGAAAUGUGUUGUUUA